CGGCGCCCGCACACGGUGAGAAGCGCUAUGAAUGCCCCGAGUGCGGCAAAGCCUUCUGCUGGAACUCCAACUUCCUGGAGCACCGGCGUGUGCACAUGGGUGCACGGCCCCACACCUGCCCUGCCUGCGGCAAGGCCUUCAGCCAGAGCUCCAAUCUGGCGGAGCACCUGAAGAUCCACGCGGGCACAAGGCCGCACACGUGCCCCGAUUGCGGCAAGGCCUUCCUGCGCGCGGCGGGCCUGCGGUAGCACCCGCGCACACACAGCGGCGAGAGGCCCUUCGCCUGCGCGGAGUGUGGCAAGAGCUUCCGCGAGAGCUCGCAGCACCUGCAGCACCAGCGCGCGCACACGGGCGAGCGGCCCUAUGUGCGUAGUGUGUGCAGCAAGCCCUUCAGUCACCGCUCCAACCUCAAUGAACACCAGAAGCGACACGCGGGCGGUGCCGCGCCCUGACUCUGGGAUGGCCCUGGGAGAUGGUGAGGCUGGGCCAGCUCGGUGGCGCGCGAGGCACAGGACGUGGCCAUCGUGGAUCAGGAUGAGCAGCGUCGUGUAAAAUCGCCAUCCACCCCCACCCGCCCCGUGUGGGCUGCGUGCUGGAGCGCAGGGGCAGCAACAAUUGGGACAGAGGAUUAAGCCGUUAAAACAGCCCCUGGGACGAUGGCAGUCCCACCUGGUGGCCCCCUGGGGCCUGGCUGCGGAUGCGUGGCGGGGAGGUGAUUCACAGGGGCCCAGCAUUGACCUCCACCUGCCAUGCAGUAUUCGAGACCCGGCCGAACCUGUGGGCAGAGGCUGAAUCGCUGCUGGAGCCCUGGGCCAACUUGACGCUGACAUGCCAGGCCCGCCUGAUGACCCCAGAUUUUGAGCUGUUUAAGGACGGGGUAACCCAGGAACUUGUGCACCUUGAUUUACCUGCCAUGGAGCACCAGUUCCCACUAGGAGCAGUGACAAGUGACACCCGGGGCCUCUACCGCUGCCGCUCUGGCUUGAACAGCAGAUGGACCCAGUUGAGCAACCUCCUGGAGGUGACUGGAGCAGAGUCCCUACCCCCACCUUUGCUCUCAACUGAGCCCGUGUCCUGGAUCACACCCGGUCUGAAGAUGAAACUGCUGUGCCAUGGGGGAUUUCGUGGUGUGACCUUCCUGCUGAGGCGGGAAGGCGAUGAUCAGUUUUUAGGCGUGGCUGAGGCCCCUAAAGAUGCAGAGGCUACCUUCUCAGUCCAUCAGCCUGGCAAUUACAGCUGCAGCUACAGGACCCACGAAGCAGGUGCACCCUCUGAGCCCAGUGCUACUGUGACAGUCGAGGAGCUGGAAGCACCGUUGCCACCCACGCUGAGUUUCCAGGGAGAGUCUGCAGGUGUCCUGCCCCGGGGGGCCAGCGCGACCCUCCUUUGCGUGGCGCCCCUGAGCGGCGUGGAAUUCCAGCUGCGGCGGGGCGAGGAGGAGCUGCGGGGACCCAGGAGCUCCACCAGCCCAGACCGCAUCUUCUUUGACCUGAACGCGGCGGCUCUAGGGAACGGCGGUCUCUACACCUGCCGCUAUCGGCUGCGUGGCGAGCAAACCUGGUCCUCUGACAGCGCGCCUGCCGAGCUGCUGCUGAGCGACGAGACGCUCCCCGCGCCGGAGCUCUCGGCCCACCCCGCGACUCCGCACCCCGCGCCAGGCACGCUGGUGCAGCUGCGGUGCCGGGCUCCCCGGGCCGGCCUGCGCUUCGCCCUGGUGCGCGAGGGCGCCGAGCGCCGAGUGCACCGUGUCCUGAGCCCCGCGGGGACAGAGGCCACCUUCGAGCUGCGGGACGUGUCGGUGGUGGACUCCGCCAACUACAGCUGCGUCUAUGUGGACACGGCGCCACCCUUCGAGGGCUCGGCGCCCAGCGCGCCCCUGGAGCUGCGCGUAGACGGACCCCCCCCCAGGCCACGGCUCCGGCCCCUGUCGCAUGGGGCGGUUGUUCCCGGCCAUGAUGCGGUCUUGCGCUGCGAGAGCCAGGUACCCAGCGUCGUGCCCACGGUCAUCUUCGAGCUGCUGCGAGCAGACGAAGAGGAGCCUUCAACCAAACUCUGGACCAGCCACCCCUCAGCAGACCUUGUACUGACCUAUGUGGGGCCCCAGCACGCAGGCAACUACAGCUGCCGAUACCGCUCAUGGUCGCCCAAACCCUUCGUGUCUGAGCUCAGCGACCCGGUGGAGCUCCAGGUGGCAGGAAGUUGAUCCAGCUGCAGACUCAGGCCGCUAAUGGUAUCUUUGGCAAAUAGUUUCUCCAGUCUGGCUCUGAUCCCUCAUGCUGCAGCUAGAGGCUGGACUCCCCCUGAAAGUGCUGGACUGUCCCUCAUUCCUCCUGGAAAUUAAUAAAAAUGUGAAGAGACUUUAAAA